CGCGGUCACUCGGGGUGUGCGGCGCGGCUGAGUUUCUUUGGAGAAAAAAAAGCCCUAGGAUGGCAGACAAAGGAAGUAGCAGAGCAGACUCCAUGUCCUGCAGUGUCCUGAACUGGGAGCAGGUCAGCCGUUUGCAUGAGGUCCUUACAGAGGUGGUUCCGAUCCACGGGCGAGGGAAYUUCCCAACACUGAAGAUAACUCUGAAGGACAUUGUUCAGACAGUUCGGAGCCGGCUGAGCGAAGCAGGAAUUGUGGUACACGACGUCCGUCUGAACGGYUCUGCAGCUGGCCACGUCCUGGUCAAGGAUAAUGGCUUGGGAUGCAAAGAUCUGGAUCUCAUUUUUCAAGUUUCUCUUCCAAGUGAGGCGGAGUUUCAGUUAGUUCGAGAUGUGGUCUUGCGAUCGCUCUUGAAUUUCUUGCCGGAAGGAGUAAGCAAGCUGAAAAUCAGUCCUGUGACACUGAAGGAAGCCUACAUCCAAAAGCUGGUCAAGGUGUACACGGAGACUGACCGCUGGAGCUUGAUAUCGCUUUCCAACAAGCACGGCAAAAAYGUGGAGCUUAAGUUUGUAGAGCGCAUACGACGACAAUUUGAGUUCAGUGUGGACUCAUUCCAAAUCAUACUGGAUUCCCUGCUCUUUUACUAUGACUACUCUGAAACCCCCAUGUCGGAGCACUUCCAUCCAACUGUGAUUGGGGAGAGCAUGUAUGGAGACUUUGAGGCAGCUUUUGAUCACCUCCAGAACAAGCUGAUAGCUACCAAAAAUCCUGAAGAGAUCCGAGGUGGUGGGCUUCUGAAGUACAGUAACCUCUUAGUCCGAGAYUUCAAGCCAAUGGAUAAGGAUGAGAUCAAAACGUUGGAGCGCUACAUGUGCUCCCGAUUCUUCAUAGACUUCCCAGACAUCCUGGAUCAGCAGCGCAAGCUAGAGACCUACCUCCAGAACCACUUCUCCAAAGAAGAGAGGAGCAAGUACGACUACCUCAUGAUUCUGCGCAGGGUGGUGAACGAAAGUACCGUCUGCCUCAUGGGACACGAGCGAAGGCAGACCCUCAAUUUGAUUUCUCUGCUAGCACUCAAGGUGCUGGCAGAACAGAAUGUCAUCCCCAAUGCCACUAAUGUGACCUGUUACUACCAGCCAGCACCUUAUGUCAGUGAUGCAAACUUCAGCAACUACUACCUUGCAAGUGCCCCUGUGCUGUACAGCCAGUCCUACCCCACUUGGUUGCCUUGCAAUUGAUGGCUUCCCUCGAGUGUUCCUGAGUGGAGGCUACUGAAAGCCAAGAUGCUGAGGGUAUAUAUAAUAGUAAUAACUGUCAGUUGGAUGUCCUCUAAUGGAAACAUGACUGUAUCAGACUGAUUUCCUGGUGUGCAGUGGGAUUAUGCAGCCAGGUGACCUGCUAUGAACCUUUCAGUGUAUCUCUACAAAUGCCAAAAAGCCUUAUUACCUCUUCGUUGGGAGAAGAGAACCAGCAGCGAAAUGUUUAGAGGAGAAGUUAAGAAACUUUGUACUAGUUCUGGAAGUGGCUGUUAACGUGUGAUCUAAAUGGAGUAUUCAGUAAACUGUUGGUUAAUAGACUGUAAAAUGCCUUAAGCAGAAGCUGCUUCUGGAGUAGCAGGAGAGCUCUGCUUUCUGUUCCCUAACCUCCUUACUCUUCCUCAGUCCAAGUUCUGGCCAAAUUUCUAUUGAACUACUUGUGCUAAGAGUGAGCUCAUGUUAUGCUUGGGUUGCUUUUACUGUGUGGCUGUGUAGAGCUGCUAACAGUAUGGAUACUGUCUGUCUUGUAGAGGACAUACACAUUGUUUCCUGUAGUGCCUGUGGAUGUGUGAUUCUGCCUCAAAUUCCAGAUUARUUUCUAGGAAGUUUAAGGCAGAUUAGUAAAUCUAUCCAUAAAGCAUAAGCUGGUUAAAUUUUUCUUGAGUGCAAAAACUUGGAAGAUGGCAUCUCUAAACACACACCAAAACAAAAUCUAAAACUUGGUAAUAUGAAAUGUCUUUGAAAUGAGGAAUUGAAGCUUUAAAUAGAAUUGGAGCCACAGUUUGAAUACUUAACUUGGAAAAAUAUUCCUGAGUCCAGCAUUAAGGUAAAGCCUUUCUGACUGUAUCUUUGUGGCAGUCCAUAACAAUCUUUCAAAACAWUUUUGGCACAGCUGGAAAGUAGCACAGCUCUUACAUUGGGGUUUGUCCCAAUUUCCUUCCUCACAGGUCCACAACAAACCAAAAAAAACAACCUCUAAGCAAAAACCCCAAGGCACUUUAAAUUGCAAGAUUAUAUGUGCACUCCUACCACAGUAUGAAUUCUGAAAAUGCCUCCUAAAAUGAAUUUCUUAUUGURCAGCUUCAGGCAGGUCCUGAAGGUUUGUCUUUCUGUCAUCACUGAAGGGUUGAGCUUACUGGGUUAUCACUAUCACCUGGUCACUGUAUGARAUGGCAUUUUGAGUGGUUAGAGUAAAAUUCUUCCUUUUUACUGUUCUUGACCCUCACUUGAAGAGGUCUACAAUCCCUACAAGCUCUCCACAAAAGCUCUAUGUGUUGAAAGUCUGGGCCUGUGUUCAGAAUAGCCUCUGGAAGAGUGUGCUCUCUCUUGGAUGUGAGKGGCUAAUUUUCCUGAAGGGUAUGUGCUGAACAUGCUGCUUUGAGACUCCUGGGCUUUAUAAGGAAGGUUAAAAAAAUCCUCAUUUCUAUAGUGGUAUUAGAAACUGGUAUAUUAACUGGAUCAUUGUCACUGAAUUGCAAUAGUAAAAUACAYAUAGCAAGUGAUCUUGAGUUUCCUUUGCUUAACCAGAGAUGUAGAYUAGAAAGGCAAAUCUUAGAGCUAUUUAUUAUGUGCUGGUGCAGCGUUUGAGAAUCCUUGUUCGUUGAAUCUUUUUUUAUUCCUUCUAUUAUUAUUUAUUACUGUUUCUGCAAGAUUGUGAGACCAAAAUGCCUGAUCCAAGAAAUUGUUAAAGCUUAGAAGGUAAAGCAGAAAGCAGGUGGAACAUCAGUGUUCAAGGUGGAAAACAGCAGCAGUGCAGCACUUUAAUGAUWGUAAAAAUUGCCUAUUCCUCAUAAGACCAAAAGCAAUUCUUUCCACUUUUUGUAACUACUUCAUAAAGACUGUCUCAGCAKUGAAGCUACUUCUCUUGUCAGACUUCUUUGUUUAGCUUAGGAAGGCAGGGAGGGAUACAAAGUGGACUGUAUGUAGCCAAGCAUGCUUUAGCUUAAUUUCCUGAACAGUUUUGAUAGCAACUUCGGUAGCAAAAAGACAAAUAAUUUGGUGGAAAUUACACAUUGUGGGAUUUUUUCAUUGAAGGCUUCCUGAUUAGUCAGCCAAUGUAGCUAAACUUGAACUCAAACCCAGAGCUUUYCAUUAACUGUGGCUUGGGUUUGGUGUGGUUUACAGACAAGACAUCUGUCAUCAAAGACUUUGACUUUUUAAAAACCAGCAUGAUGCCAGCGUUGUCAUGUGUGUUAAACUUAGUGCAAGCUYACUGCUGGAAUGCAAUCCCAGGCAAGAAUAACUCCUGCAUGCAAAGCAAUACUUGGCCUAGUAUUGAGUAUCACUAGAAAGAGGACUUAAGAGUUUGUUAUUGCUGUAAUCUCUUGCACAGAUGGUUUUUGAAGCCAGCCUAUGUUACAGCCAUUGCAGAAGUAAACCAUUGC